ACUACCGCCAUUUUUCACUUGUGUCCACUUUGCCGAGUUACUAGGUGAAUAAAAAAAAAAAAAAACCUUAACAUUGUGAUUAACAAAAAGAAAAUAUGGCUUUGGUAUCAGCUCGAGCUAUUUUAAUUCCAGUUAUUCGCAGAACACUGAGACACAUUGUCUACAGUCGUCAAUUUUCGAAAUGCCAACAAAAACAAGUUUGUGCAAAAUUAUUUUUACCACAAACUCAAUCACAACGUUUAUAUGCUGAAAAAAAAGUAUAUAAUCGUGAAAAGCCACAUUGUAAUGUUGGUACAAUUGGACAUGUUGAUCAUGGUAAAACAACAUUAACAGCAGCAAUAACAAAAGUAUUAUCUGAAAAAGAUUUAGCAACAUCAAAGGGUUACAAUGAAAUUGAUAAUGCACCAGAAGAAAAAGCACGUGGUAUAACAAUAAAUGUUGCCCAUGUUGAAUAUCAAACAGACAAUCGUCAUUAUGGACAUACUGAUUGUCCAGGACAUGCUGAUUAUAUUAAAAAUAUGAUAACUGGUACAGCACAAAUGGAUGGUGCAAUACUUGUUGUUGCUGCAACUGAUGGUGCUAUGCCACAAACACGUGAACAUUUAAUAUUAUCAAAACAAAUUGGUAUUGAACAUAUUGUUGUAUUUAUAAACAAAGUUGAUGUUGCUGAUUCGGAAAUGGUUGAACUUGUUGAAAUGGAAAUACGUGAAUUAUUAACUGAAAUGGGUUAUGAUGGUGAUAAAGUACCAGUUGUUAAAGGUAGUGCAUUAUGUGCACUUGAAGGUAAAAAUAAUGAAAUUGGAAGUGAUGCCAUUAUGAAAUUAUUGAGUGAAGUUGAUAAUUUUAUACCAACACCAGUUAGAGAUUUAGAUAAACCAUUUUUGAUGCCAGUUGAAGGUGCAUAUUCAAUAUCUGGACGUGGUACUGUUGUUACUGGUAGAUUAGAACGUGGUAUUAUUAAAAAAGGAAUGGAAUGUGAAUUUGUUGGUAUUAAUAAAACAUUCAAAAGUGUUAUAACUGGUAUUGAAAUGUUUCAUCAAACAUUAACUGAGGCACAUGCUGGUGAUCAACUUGGUGCACUUAUUAGAGGUGUUAAAAGAGAUGAAGUUAGAAGAGGAAUGAUUAUGUGUAAACCAGGUAGUACAAAGGCACAUGACAAUGUUGAAGCACAAAUUUAUAUAUUAAAACCUGAAGAAGGUGGAAGAAAAAGACCAGUAUCUAAUUUUAUUCAAUUACAAAUGUUUAGUAAAACAUGGGAUUGUUCUGUACAAGUUACUAUUCCAGAAAAAAAUUUGGCUAUGCCUGGUGAAGAUGUUACCAUGCAAUUGAAAAUGUUCAGACCAAUGGUAUUGGAAAAAGGACAACGUUUUACUCUUCGUGAUGGCUCAAUAACACUUGGUACUGGUGUCAUAUCAAAUGUCCUUAAAAACCUCAAUGAACGAGAACGCCUGGGACUCACGGAAGGAAAGAAAAAGCGUGAAAAAAAAAUGGCUGCUACAGCAAAUUAAAUAUCACAAAUUAAUCAUCCUAAAAUAAGAAAGCUUCUUUUUUUUUUUUUUCUUUUUUCUCAAUUUCAUACAAUAAUGUUGAUGUGUCUAUUUAAUAAUAAUAACAACAUUUAUCAUCUUAAUGCAAUUUUUUUUAGAUUAAUUUAAAUAUUGAUUUGUAGAAAAUAAUCCCAAUGACAUAACAUUCC